AACAAUGUGCCCGGUUACGGUGACGGCGCAAAGGAGGACUUUAGCGAUCUGCCGCCCAAUCAGCGCAAGAAGCGGUUGCAGCAGAAAAUCGACGAGCUACAGGCAAAGAUACAGCAAGAGAGCGCGGCGCGAGAUGGCUUGAUGAAGAUGAAAGGCGUUUACGAGCAGAACCCAGCUCUGGGCGAUCCCAUGACCAUAGAGAGCCAGCUCAACCAGUCGAGCCACAAGCUCGACAAACUUGGAGCGGAACUGAGCAAGUUUCAGGCCUACUUGGAAGAAGCUAUCAAAGCAGGUGUCAAUCUGUCAAGUCCAAGCCAAUUGCAAAGAAAGCCAACGACGAACGGUUCGGCAACGAGACCACUGAGUUCGAGAAGAUCGAGUCAUUCCGGGGAUGAAGAGAGCCUUUCAAGAUCGGCGUCGGACUCGAGUGUUAGUAACGUCAAUGCAAAUAAUCAAGCGGAUGCUAAAAAGAGUAGUAAUCCAGGAACCCCACAGCCGACCCAUGGUUCCACGAAUAGCCCGGAGUCUGGUCUUGGAGCCUCGAGGACGUCCCUGCCAGGUAGCACCGGCGAGGAAUACUACGUUGACGAAGUCGACGCCCAGCCUCCGCUCGGUACCUGCAAGGCUCUCUACCCAUUCGAUGCUACUAGUGAAGGAUCAAUACCAAUGUACGACGGCGAAGAACUUUAUAUGAUUGAAUUGGACCAAGGCGAUGGAUGGACGCGAGUCCGUCGGAUUUCGCAACCAAUUGAGGGUUUUGUACCCACAUCAUACAUAGAAUGUCAUUUAUACAAUACAUAGUUGGAGCAAUACAAACUUUUACUUGAAGAAAAAAUUCCAAAAUUGUGCGAAACGUAAUAGAUCUAGACGUCUAUAAAAAAUUUACGUCGAUUUAGGCUUGAGCUGGGAUUUUCAGUCCCAUGUGAGUGUUUAAACUCAAUGUGGAGAAAAACUUAGUUCUGCAGUUGUCUUCAAGUCGUUUUCAAUAUUGAUUGAGUUCAAAGCAAAAUGCGACUCUAAAUUCCAACUUUAUCAUACAAGAUGAUAUCUGCCUGUCUCAUCUUUCAUGGAUCAUAUAUUUAUCGGUCGAAAAAAAAACAUAAAUGUAUAUUUUCAAACAACCAUAGAGCUUUAAAAUCAAGUUUGAAUGAAAAGUAAUACUAAUUCAUGACAGAUUUUACUGUAUCGAGUGUACGUAUGUAUACAUAAAUGUUACACUAGAAACGUAAAUAGGGCAACGUAACUUGUUCCUUCGUGGAACUUGAAUCAUAUAGGUUGUCAUUUAAAUACGUGAAAUACAGGCAUUACUUUGUGUGAUUCCUUUAAUCUUAUUAUUUUGUACGUCUA